AUGUCUCCCUAUCCGAAAAUUGACUGUCACUCCCACUUCCUGCCUGCUGAAUACCGCAAGGCUCUUGCUGAAAAUGGUCAUAAGAACCCUGAUGGCAUGCCAGCGAUCCCGGAAUGGAGCGAAGAGAGUCACCUUACAAUGAUGAAAUCCAUCAACGUGACCAAGUCGAUUCUCAGCAUCAGCACCCCGGGAGUUCACCUCAAGUCUGGCGACGACGCACUUGCCCGAAAACUGGCCAGACACGUCAACGAGGUCGGGGCGGAUCUGAAGAAACGAAUGCCCGACCAAUUUGGCUUCUUCGCCUCUCUCCCCUUACCCGACGUCGAGGGCACCCUGCAAGAGAUCUCCUAUGCUAUGGACCACCUCAACGCCGACGGGGUUGUCGUGCUCACCAACUUUCACGGGACGUAUCUCGGCCACAAGGACUUUGACGCCGUCUUCGACGAGUUGAACCGGAGAAAAGCCGUCGUCUUCAUCCAUCCUACCACACCGUGCCUGUCGUCGGGAACUGCGGCGACGCCACUCCCUCAAUUCCCGAGACCAAUGUUUGAGUUCUUGUUCGACAGUGCUCGCGCCGUCAUUAACCUGUUCCUGACAGGCACCGUGAAGCGGUGUCCCGACAUCACCUUCCACAUGUCCCACGUCGGAGGCGCGUUCCCACCCCUGAUCAACCGGUUCUCGAGCGUCGCCGAGGUCAUGAAGCUGGGAGGAUCUGCCAACGAGGUCACCCCGGCAUGGGUCAAGGAGAGGCUCAACAAACAAUUCUACUUCGACACGGCGGGAUGGGCCUUCCCGGAGCAGGCCAAGGGGCUGCUGGAGUACGUCACCGUCGAUAGGAUGCUGUUUGGAAGCGAUUUUCCUUAUACGCCCUUACCGGUGGUCCAAGGUCUGUCCAAGCAGCACGAUGAGUAUCUGCCCCAGGUGUUUGCCAGUGACGACGACAAGGAGAAAUUAUGUACCAAGAACGCUUUGCAGCUCUUCAAAAAGUAA